UUUGACACCAUGGCGUCUCUCCUCUUGAAGCACCUGGCGACCUCCCUGACUCGCCAAUUGACCCAGAUGAGGAGGUUAAAUGUGACCUCACCGGCAGCUAGUGCCUACAGAUGUCUCUGCACCCUCACCACAGCUCCCCGCACACUACUCCUGUCACCAACCAGAGUCAGCUCCAUCCAGCCCCCUUCAUCUGGCUCCUCUGCUCAGCGUGGAACAUCUCUGUUGGGACAGUGUCAGCAUCUUGCCUGCAUCCAGCCGUCUGCGGGGAUGAAAACCAAGUCUGCCCUGAAGAGGCGCUGCAAAGACUGUUUCAUUGUUCGGCGGAGGGGGCAUUUGUUUGUGUUUUGCAAGACAAAUCCAAGACACAAGCAGAGGCAGGGCUAAAAAAUGAUGGAGUAUUGAGAAGAUUGCUUUGAGAACGUGGAAAUUUAAAAUAACUGUGAUUUAAAAAAUAAAGUGUU